AUGGAGGAUGUCCCAGAAGCCGGACACUGGCCGGUAGACCCUCAACAAGACCAAGAAAUUCAGAAGGAUCGGCUGUGGGUGGACGGGUGCUUUGAUUUCGCCCACCACGGACAUGCCGGGGCACUGCUUCAAGGUCGCCAGCAAGGCAAAGAGCUAUGGUGUGGCAUUCACUCGGACGAGGCCAUCUUGGAGAACAAAGGCCCAACGGUAAUGACUUUGGCUGAGCGCGUGGCUGCGGUGGAAGCAUGCCGAUGGGUCACCAAAUCUGUUCCCUACGCUCCAUACGUGACAUCGCUGCCAUGGAUUUCUCACUACGGAUGCUGGUACGUCGUUCACGGUGAUGACAUCACCUCAGAUGCCGGUGGUGAGGAUUGCUACAGGUUUGUCAAGGCGGCAGAUAGAUUUCUUGUGGUCAAGCGAACGCCCGGUAUAUCGACGACAGAUCUGGUUGGUCGUAUGCUACUGUGCACUAAGAAUCACUUCAUCAAGUCGCUGACGGAUUCGAUUGAGGGGAAGGCAAAUCCAGCGUUGGGCGAAUCUUCAGGUGCUGAGAUGCUGCAACGGAUACGAAAUUAUGCCACAGAUGAGACUGGUCUUCAGCCAGGUUGUGAAGUGUGGACGUGGAAGAGCUCACUCGAGGCAAAGCUGGAGUCUGACGCGGCAGACGCCGGAUCCUUCAGCAAGCUUGUCCAAGGCAGUCCGCCGAGACCAGGCCAGCGAAUUGUCUACGUUGACGGUGGGUUUGACCUGUUUUCUUCCGGCCACAUUGAGUUCCUCAAGCGUGUUAGCCAGGCAGAGAAUGGCGAAGCCUACAUCGUCGCCGGCGUCCACGAUGAUCACAUCAUCAAUCACUGGAAAGGUCUCAACUAUCCGAUCAUGAACAUAUUUGAGCGUGGCCUCUGUGUUUUACAAUGCAAGUACAUCAACGCUGUCGUCUUUGGCGCGCCGUUCUCGCCCUCCAAGCCGUACCUCGAAACAAUACCAGCAGGCAAGAUUGACGCAGUCUAUCAUGGUCCAACAGCGUUCAUGCCACUGACAUACGACCCGUAUGUCGCCGCGAAGGAGAUGGACGUCUUCAAGACCAUCGACACCCAUGACUUCGCGCAUGUGAACGCGGGCGAGAUCGUGUUGAGGAUCAUGAAAGGUCGAGAAGCAUUCGAGGAAAGGCAGAGGCGGAAAGGGCAGAAGGCGAUCGUCGAGAACGAGGUGCGGCAGAAGGAGAUUCUUGCAGCUCAUGAGGCGGCUGCUGCUGGGAAGGAGGCUAAAGCGUAG